GUGAUUUUGAGGCUCUAAAACAAACGUCAGUGGAAAGUAUUGUACCCUCAUUACGUGAGGUUCUAUAGCUAGCCGCUAGCUACGAUAUGCUAACACAUGCUAAUACCGGUCACCUGUUGCUAUUGGCAACCAGAGCCACGUUCCUGAACUGAUUUAACGGGUUUCCUCGACUAACGUCACAGUUUGAAGUCUCGCGGUAACAAGCCGUGUGUAACUGGUCGCAGACGGAGCCGCUGGAGACAGACGUUCAUGGAAGGUGAUAGAGCUCGAGACGCCAGCAGACGAUCGGACAGAGCUUCCUGAUGAGAUGAGUGAUUUAUAUUUGAUUAUAUGAUUUAUUGUCAGCUUACACAUACUUUCUGCAUCUUUAAGUAGAAUCAGAAGAAGGUGAGGAGCAGCCGGGUCGGAGGGAGUCAAAAUGGCUGUCGAUUAAUAGACUAAUUGUUGCAGCAACAAAGUAAUCAUGGAUACUAAGUCAUCAUGAAGGACUUAAAGGCCAAUGACUACAUUUAAAGAGCUUGUAAAUUAAAUUAAGCUUUAGAAUUCGUUUUAUCUAUAUAGAUAUGUCAAUAGUCAACUGUGGGUGCCGUCAAAUAUGAUUAAAAUACUAUUCAACUCAUAAAUCUUAUCCCACUUAAUAUCAAAUAUUGAAUCUGAUUAAAAAGCAUAUAUAAUUCAGCAUUAAAAACCUCCUAUUCGAAGAUAAAUUCAAAUAUUUAUUUUUCAGAACUACAAUUCCCUGCUUAUUAGAACCACGUUUGUAGUUUUUCCGCUUACGGUCGUAAAAAAAGAAGUAUUUGUCCUCAUUGUCAACACGGUGAUGGUGAGGAAUUCUAGGCGGAAGUACAUCAGAGCUGAGUUUUCUUUUCUCCCUUUUAUUUUGAAAUAAACAUAACGGGGCGGAAAUACAACGUUAGGGUUUGUUCUCCUCCUCCUCUCUGAUUGGUCCUGACGAACCACCGCCAUCGUUUUUUAACAUUUAACCAGGGUCAAGUUUGCAGGAAUAUUACUAAGUUUCCCUGGGAAAUUGUCAAAAUAAAAUAUAUUUUCAAUUAUAUUUAAAUAUUAUAAAAUGUAUCAUACUUUAGUUUGAAGGAUGAUUGAUUUGGACUUAUUCAAAUCAUUUAUAUGUGAUUAGGUUCAACAACCUUUAUCAAUAUGUAGGCAGGCUUACAGUAAAACACAAUAGAAAAUGUAAAUGAUGUUAGAAAUUUUAUUUUAAAAAGUAAUAAUUUGAACAAGUAUUUUAUUCUUUUUUUUUAGAAAAUUCACUUGUUGGCAGUUUCAUAAUUUUGCAUAUUUCUUAUUAUCAAAAUCUCUCUUGUGCCUAUCAACAUCCAUUCUCUAUUACAUGCAAAUAUAUUAUCAUAGUCUUUGUUUUAACUGUCCUGUUGUCCAAAACCCACAAAAACAUUAUCAAUACAUUAUAUUAUUAUUUUACAGACAAAUUAAAUGACAACCAUUUUGAUAAUCUACUAAUCUUUCUCUGCAAUUUUUUGAAAAAUAAAUACUCAAAAGGUUUUAUCGUCAUCACCUUAUUUUACAUUAAUGCAAAAAUAUAUAUGUUCGGUGUCUCACUGCUGAUCGGACUGAACAAGACACAUGAAGAUAUUACCAUAUCAUUUUUCUCCAGGUGUUGACGUUUCAUAGACCUAAAUUUCAUGUACAUUCUUUAUAUUUAUGGUCCAUAUUUUUUUGUGUGCAAAUUUGUAUAUUUUUAGAUUAGGUUUUUUUGUAUAUUGUAUAUUUUAUAAGAUAAGAUGACAUAAGAUAAGCUCAUAUAUACCUUUAUAAGAAAUUUACAAAUAAGUAAUAGUAUGUACAAAAUAUAACAAAAUAAUCACAUUAAAUAAAAAGAUAUAUACAUAUAUAUAUAUAAGGUGUGCUGUGUGAUACCUGCCGCUGUAACACCAGAAUUUCCCAACUUGGGAUCAACAAAGUAUCUUAUCUUAUCUCGUAUCUUGUAUAUCAAUGAAUUAAUUGGAUUAAGCAACAAUGAAAAUGAGUUAGUUGCGCAACAUUAAAAUACUUCAAUCAUAAUUCACACCUGUCGCUUACAUCAAAUUCUAAACAAGCCUUGAUUCUCAAUUAAAACUUGCACUUUUUGAUUCCUGAUUAGACCUCUAUCUUAUUUUAUAUAUUUUUUUUUUUACUGUAUGGGAUAUAAGAUAUGUAAUUUAAUUAUUUGAAAUUCUUUUAUUUUUUGAUUGUUUGAUUUGUCAAAUGUUCUAUUUUUUAUAUUCGCUCAGUCGUUUUGCACUACGAGUGAAAAUAUUGUAUGAGCCUGUUUUGGUUGAUACUCAAUAAAGAUAUGGAAAAAAUAAUAAUAAUACAAAAAACAAGCAUGGAGAAGCAAUGUUUGGAACUUGGGCUUUUAUUUUGAAGGCCAGCAUCGUGUAUCCGGUGUGGACUCGUCGUUCUGUCUACCUGGAUUCAGCUGUUCGUUGACCUCGGUGUCAGGUUACGAGUGCGUCAUCGUCCACAGAGGUGUCAUGCGAGUGUGUGCACAGUCCGCUAGCGAGCGAGCUAACCAGUUAGCCAGCACCCAUGCUAACGUGGCGGAGGCUGCACGCCGCCAGGACGAGGACGACCCCCGGACUGUUCGUCUCCAGACCGGCGACAGAACAGCGAACGGGACCGCGCGGACGUGCACCGUCGUGCCGAAGCCUGAGCACGAGCUCCCCGCGGCGGAAUGACUUCUUCAAGGAGCUGGAGGCGCAGCUGGCGGCCGCGAGGAGGAAGGCGGCGGACGUGCUGCCCGGGAGCCACUGGGAUCUGCUGGAGCGGCGCGAAGCGAAGCUGCCCCCGCAUCAGGCCGACAUCGUGAUCGUGGGUGGCGGGGUGGUGGGCUGGUCCGUCGCCUACUGGCUGAAGCAGAAGGAGCGGGUGCGCGGAGGCGUGAAGGUCGUCGUGGUGGAGAAGGACCCCACGUACUCGCAGGCCUCCACGGUGCUCUCCGCCGGGGGGAUCCGGCAGCAGUUCUCCCUGCCCGAGAACAUCCGCCUGUCGCUGGCCUCCGCCGACUUCAUGAGGAACAUCAACGACCACCUGGGCGUGGCGGACCAAGACCCCGUGGACCUGCAGUUCAACCACUCCGGCUACCUCUUCCUGGCCAGCGAGAGGGCGGCUCACAUCAUGGAGGAGAACUACAGCACCCAGAGGAAUGCCGGAGCCAAAGUUUCUCUUCUCUCUCCCACACAACUCAAGGAGAAGUUUCCGUGGCUGAACACAGACGAUGUGGCGCUUGCUUCGUACGGGCUGGAGAACGAGGGCUGGUUCGACCCCUGGACUCUGCUGAACGCCUUCAGGAGGAAGGCCAUGUCGAUGGGUGUCAUCCAGUCCUGCGGCGAAGUCAUAGAUUUUAAAUACACGAUAAACGCGAUGAAGUCGGCCGACGGUGAAGAUAUGGAAUUCAGGAGGAUACAGUCUGUCAAAGUGCAGAUGCCCAACAGCCUGGAGUACCAGCCGGUGGAAUGUGCCAUUGUGGUGAAUGCAGCCGGAGCCUUUUCUAACAAGCUCGCACAGAUCCUGGGAAUCGGCUCCGGCCCCAAAGGCACCUUCGCUGGAAUUCCUCUGCCUGUGGAGCCUCGGAAAAGGUUUGUGUACGUGUUCCACUGCCCUGACGGUCCGGGUCUGGACACUCCCUUCCUGGUCGAUUACUCUGGAGUUUACUUCAGGAGAGAGGGGUUGGGAGGGAACUACAUCGCCGGGGCGUCGCCAGAGGAGGCGGAGGAGCCCGACACCAACGAUCUAGAGGUGGAUCACCAGUUCUUUGAGGAGAAGAUAUGGCCCCCCCUGGCCCAUCGUGUUCGGGCUUUUGAGAAACUUAAGGUGACCAGCGCGUGGGCGGGUUUCUACGACUACAACACCUUCGACCAGAACGGCAUCAUCGGUAUGCACCCGCUGGUCAACAACAUGUACUUUGCCACCGGCUUCAGCGGCCACGGCCUGCAGCACUCGCCCGCGGUGGGCCGGGCCGUGGCGGAGCUCAUUCUGGACGGGAACUUUAAAACGCUGGACCUGAGCGAGUUAGGCUUCCGACGGAUCCUGGCCCAGGAGCCGAUGUUGGAGAGGAACAUCGUGUAGAGGGUCUGGAACGUACCCUCCUCAACGCUCUGCAGCCAGCGCCCAAUCAUUACAACUUUGGUCUCACUUUCGUAUGUGUGAAUUUUAUUCCUGUCAGAAAGAAUAACAUUGUGCUCUCGAAAUCAGUCGAUGGAGAGCGGUUUCCUAAUGCUGUCCACACCAGACGUGACGCGAGAAACGCAACCCGAGAAUAUUCUGCCGUUCUCUGUCGGACGUGGACGUCGGUGACCUCAACGCAAAAUGUCCUUCGCCACAAAUGUUUUGUUCAAAUAUUUCACUAUCAUCAGCGUACGGAAUGAUUCCAAAAACCCUGAAAAUGAGACGCGAGUUACAUUUUUCUUUUUGUUUAAGUACAUACCUGGUAGAACAUCAAAGCAUUUAAAGACCCCUCCAGUCAAAAAAGUGUUAUUGUUUCUGUUUCUGUCCUUUAAGAUGUCUGACAUUGACUAUCGGGACUUGUAUCAGAGCACAUUUUGUCACUAUUGAGGGAUUUUCACAUCCCUCUCCGUCACAGUCUGAAAUGUCAAAUUGAAACGAAUCCUGUUCAAGCUAGAUUUGGUACGUCACUAAUACGACAAGCGAUCGCCGUCGAGGGCAACUGGGCUCCAGACUGCAAGUCAGCAAAAAAAAAAAAAAUAUUCAAAAAUUUUCUUUGAAUGACAUCAGUGGUGGAAAAUCAAAUAAUGAAGUAAAAGUACUAAUACAAGAAUACAGAGGUACUCCAUUGCAGGUCAAAGUCAUGCAUUCAAACUCCAAAGUGAAAGUACACACGUAUUAUUGGCUACAACUAAAAUAAGCUGUUUAAAUGAAGCAUGUUGAGUGUUACACACUUUGAGUGUCGAACUUUGACAUUUUGGAAAAUGUCAAUUCUCGACGAGAGUUGGAUGAAGAUAAAAACAGCCCGUCUCAUGUUUGUACAAUAAAAUGUGAGGCUACAAUCCAG